CCCAUGAGAUUGUUUGUGAACGAGGCGACGGCAUAGCCCCUCUAGUCUGCUUAAUUGGACUAUGCAGGUUGUAUGCUCAAUAUUUAUCGUAGUCCUUUAUCGAAUCGGCUACAUCGAUCUGCAUCUCGUGAGUUAUCACCUCCGUUAAGGCCAAUGGCAGAUCAACCGGCAGCUCGUACUUUGCACGAUUAUUUAACGCCAGAAAGAGGUCCACAUGUCUCCCCCAUAGCCAUUCCCACUUGCACUGCCGCCAAUGCGUUUGCUUUCAAGUCAGAGUAUCAUCGGGUUAUACCAGAGUUUCGGGGGAGUGAAUUGGAGGAUCCCUAUGCUCACAUUCGAGAAUUCGAGACUAUCGUUAGCACCUUCGUGACCGGGCCGGGACAGCUAGAUCAAGCUCGCCUGAAGGGGAUGAAAACAAUUGAUGCUUCAGAUCACCUUGGAUUGCAACGGCUUAUUCGUGUCUUUUCAUCGGAACCCUAAUUUGUUGUCGGAACCCUAAUCUGCAAAAUAGACAAGGGGUGAGAGCACCUUUGCCUCUCGUG